AUGGUUUCCCUCACGCUCCUUACUAUUUUCGGCUUUCUGUCGGCUUUCUGCCCUUUUGCUUCUAGCUACUAUACUUUGAAGUUUCAAUACGACAGCUCCAACUGGUUUCAAAAGUUCGAGUAUCGAAACGUGAGUCUCAACACACUACCAGCUUGUCAAUUGUGGAUGACGGCUAACUAUCUCAGGGAAAUGAUCCAACUCAUGGUACUGUUGACUAUGUCGACCUCUAUACGGCCCAGAGCCUUGGUCUGGUGGGUACCCAAUCUUCUGCGCAAAUCUCUUCCUGGAUGGAUACUUGAGCGGAGACAUUCGCUUGUCUUGUAGAGACGUAUAGAAGCAUACUAACCUCAGGAUAUCGCAGACAAAAAUUGUUGAUGGUCGUGUCUAUAUGGGAGUUGAUAUGCAAUCCGUUGUCCCCGACAAUGCUCGCGGUCGCAAGAGUAUCUGGGCAGCCAGUAGAGAUGAAUUCACACACGGACUCGUCAUUGGCGAUUUUCAACAUAUGCCCGAAAAUGUGUGCGGAAUCUGGCCUGCUUUGUAAGUUUAUCCUCUUGAGCCACUUUACCCACCUUGAACCACUUACUAACCUUUGUACCUGAUCGUAGCUGGACCGUAAGAGAUGAAGCAAGCCCAUAUGGAGAAAUCGAUAUCGUGGAAUACUUCAACGCCGAUGCCGCUAAUGGUGCCAUCACUACCUAUACAGACCCCAAACUACCACAAUGUACAUUCAACCAGUCACCAAACGGACAAACUCAGCCUCUCUCCGAGAACUUCCGCUCUUGCACUGGCGAUGGCGGAUGUUCUACUCUUGGUCCAGCUGCUGGGUAUGGCGCCGAAUUUAACAAGAAUGAUGGAGGUGUCUGGGCAAUGGAAUGGACCAGUGAAGCGAUCCGUGUGUGGUUCUUCCCCAGAGGAACAAGUGGUAUCCCUUCAGACAUCACAAAUGGCAAUCCAAAUCCUGCACUAUGGCCUUUGCCCUUGGCACAUUUUCAACGUACUGACGGCGGCUGUGAUAUCGAUAAGCACUAUUUAGCACAAAGUAUUGUAGGUUUUUCUCGAGACCUUUCUUUCUGCCAAAUCUCAGGAAUUGCGACUAAUAGACUCUCGAUAGUGGUUCGACACAACCUUUUGCGGAGACAGUGCAGGUGGAGAAGGAUGGACCAGUUGUAAGUGUUAAAUCCCUCACUCCAGGCAACAAUCUUUUCUGUUAUCAUCCAAUGCGCACUGAUAUAACAUACUACUGUGCCGUCACCAAAUAUCUGAAACAAGCAAAACUAACACUUGGGUCUCAUAGGGACCGACUGUGGUCGAAAGACAGGAGUUACCUGCGACGAAUGGGUUCGGAAGCAUCCUGAGACUUUCCAGAAUGCGUACUGGCUGGUGAACUCUGUGAAGGUCUACCAAUAG